CUGAAUCAUACCACCUAAUGAGUGAUAUUUAAAAUAGCUUCCAGCCAAAAAAAGGGAACGAUUCAAUGACAGAAAAUCCAUUCUCAGACCAUCGCGACGAAUCGAACAAUAAACAUUUUUUUGCCUUUUGAUUAUCUCAUAGAAAAUGGCGUUCCAAGGACAGAAGACUUUCAAACUCAAUACUGGUGCUCAGAUUCCAGCUCUCGGGCUAGGAACGUGGCAGGAUGCGGAUGCGCAGGAGGCUGCAGUUCUUGCAGCGCUUCAAGCUGGCUAUCGUCACAUAGACACAGCGAGAUGCUACGGCACCGAGAAGGCCGUUGGAAAAGCUAUCAAGCAGAGUGGCGUACCACGGAGCGAGAUUUUCGUGACCAGCAAGCUAUGGAACAACAAGCACCAUCCUGACGAUGUUGGUCCAGCUCUGCAAGAGUCUCUUGAUGACCUGGGUCUUGACUACCUUGAUCUUUUCCUGAUGCACUGGCCCGUUGCCUUUAAGCGCGGAGAUGACAUGUUCCCUAAAGACAAGGAUGGAAAUAUGAUCACUGACGAUAUUGAUUAUCUUGAUACCUAUAAAGCAAUGGAGGGCCUUCUCAAAGAUGGCAAAGUCAAGGCUAUUGGAAUCAGCAACUUUUCCAAAAAGGAGGUGGAGCGUCUCCUUGAAAAGGCGGACACUGUUCCCGCAGUCCACCAGAUGGAGUUGCAUCCAUGGCUGCAACAAAAAGACUUUGCCGAGUUCCAUAAAGAAAAGGGAAUUCACGUCACCCAAUACUCGCCGUUCGGCAAUCAGAACGAGAUCUAUGGAGGUCGCGAGCAGCAUGGUCAGCUGGUGAACGAAAAGACCCUCGUUGAGAUUGGCAAGAAGUAUGGCAAGACAUCGAAUCAGGUUGCUUUGGCAUGGGGUAUUUCCCAUGGUCGUUCUGUCAUCCCCAAGUCCAAGUCGCCGGAGCGAAUCAAGCAGAACUUCGAUAUUUCCUUUACACUUGACAAGGCAGAUACUGCUGAGAUUGAUAAGCUUGAUAAGAAGCUCCGUUUCAACGAUUCUAGCAAAGACUUUGGAUAUGAGCUUUUCACUGACCUCGACGGCAAAUGAAAGUCAAGCGCAAACGGGGAAUGAAACAAUUGAUUAUUGUGAUUGUGUACAACUUCGAUGGAUUCCUGUUAUCAAGAUCCUGCAUACCAAUCGAGUAAGAAAUGUCAUUGAAAUCUAAAUCAAUAAGGCAG